AGCUGGCAGACGUGUGGAAAGUCAAAUUUUCGUGCAAAAAGUGUUCGUACGAUGGUCUGCACGCCGCGUACUAAAAUCACUGGAAAAGUGCAUCCUAGCCUGCACUAGAAAGUCAUACGGCGUUCACUGAACAAUUUGCUGUAUAGAAGAAGUGAAAUCCAGUGCGAAAAGUGCAACCAGGCGAAGCUAGCACGGAGCAAAACAAAAGGGAAAAUGGACUUCUCUCCGAGCCCAGACAGUGAUACUUCUGGCUACUAUAGAAAUCGCAGCCGACGUGAUGAGCGAGACCGGGCCAAUCGAGGAAGAUCGAAGGAGCGCUACCGGAACAACAGCCGUUACAGCCGUAGCCGAUCCCGUUCGUACAGCCAAGAGCGCUACAGUCAUCCGCGCCAGCGCAGCAACGAACGAGAACCGUACCGGGAUGCCAACGAUCAAGGCUAUGACGAUGGUGGCUGGGAAAGAGAACGGUAUCGUGGGCGAAGCCGUGAACGAGAUCGUGAUCGACGAUCCCGUGAUCGUGAGAGAUUUCGUGAUCGAAGAGAUCGGGACAAAGGAGGACGCCGUGGAGGAUAUUCUCCGAGCUCCAUGGACGAGGGCGAUAACUUUGAUAGCGACAAUGAGUACUACUAUCAGCAGAAGCCCAACAACAACAUCAUCAUCCGUGGAUUGGCACCACAAGUGACCGAAGCGGAUAUAAACAGUGAUCUCAUCCAGUGCGGCUUACAAGCGCUUCACGUUCGCCUGAUCCGCAAGAAAAAGACAGGUGAAUCGAGGGGGUUCGCAUUUGUCGAGUUUCGCACAGAAGAGGAAGCAACUCGGUGGAUAUGUUACAAGCAGGGCGUGCUAGUGUUCAAUGGGCAUCAUGCCGUCAUGCAGUACACAUUCUCCAUGCCCUCCAAGUCGCAAACGGAUUGGUACUGUGCUAAGUGCUAUGCGUUCAACUUCAAGCGGAGGGAAAACUGCUUCAAAUGUCACGGUUCACGCGAGGACAGCGAAAUGGGUGGCGAUGGUAGCGACGAGAUGAGCAACAUCCUCACCAAAAAGAUUAUGCUGCGCAACCUGGACGUGCUAACGAACGAGGAAAGCGUGCUGUCCGUAAUGCAGAAGGUGCUGCCCGCCGAUUUCGUAGCCAAACUAGCGAAGGUGGUCAUUUGUCGGGAUCCGCUGACGUCAAUCUCGCGCGGUAUGUGCUAUCUGCAUUUCGAAAAUCUGGUCGACUCGAUGAACACCCACAACGCCCUGAAGGCGCUGGAGCCACCGUUACGAAUCGACAACCGGGAGGUAAUCAUCUCGUACUGCAUGGACACGGAAAACCGGAACCUGGUGAAGCCACACCAGGCAGCAGCCGAGCAGCAACAGCAGGGUCACAGGGAAGGCAAUCGAUACGGCGGGCACGGUCAGCAGCAGCAGCAUCAGGGCGGACCGCCGGGUAGCAAUGGUGGACGGCAAGGUGGCAACUUCCACGGUCCCCACGGAGGGGCUGGGAGCCAUCCGCGUGGCGGAGAUGGUGGAAACAAUUUCGAGCGUGGGAAUUACGGGCACGGCGGUGGCAGUCACAAUUCGCAUGGGAUGAACAAGAAUUCCGGUGCUGCAAACUCUGGCGGUGGUCGUAAUAACUACCAGGAUGUCAGCGGACCUCCACCGCCCGGUGCCCAGACCAUCGGGCCCUUACCGAUGGGAGCAUCCAACGCGUCGGGCCAGGCGCCCAACAGUGGUGGCAGUGCAGGCAACUUUCCAGACAAUUACACGCUGGCGGAUGUGCCCCGGCUGGCAGAGUACAGUGCGUCGAUGUACGCAUCGAAUGCCGCCGAACACGAACACUACUUGCAGUACUACACCGAGUACUACACGAACGAGCUGUCUCGUUCGCAGGGGCCCACUGUAAAAACGAGUGGCCCCGGGACAGCCUCGUCGAGCGGGAUGGGUGAGACGGCCAACAGUGGUGCCGCUGUCGCUCAGUCUGCCAUCGCUCGAAAACAGGCCGGUCCUGGCGGAAAGGGUGACAAGGGCGAUGCCUACGGAACACACGGUAUGAAUAGUUCGGUUUCCAAUACGCCCGUUCAAAGUGGACCCCAGCUGCCUGUGCCGAACGGCUUGGAUGGGCGAAAAUAUCCGACACCAGAUGCGUCUCUCUACCAGUACGAUGAAACGUCUGGAUUCUACUACGAUCCCACCACCGGCCUGUACUACGACGCUAACUCGCAGUACUACUACAACAGCGAAACAAGCUCGUACCUCUACUGGGACCCGGAUGGCCAAACCUACGUUGCUGCACCCGCCUCGUCUUCCGGCACACAAGAAACGCAACCGACUUCUUCACUUCCGGCUGCGACGGUUUUGCCGGAAAGUACAGCACAACAGCAUCAUCAUCCUACAGUAACUUCCACAGCCGACGGUCCCGAAAAGCACGAAAAGCCAACCAAAACAAAAGACCAGCUGCCACCGCAGGAUAAGGUGAAGGUAGCGAAGAAAAUCGUCAAGGACAUGGAAAAGUGGGCAAAGCAGCUUAAUCAGAAGAAGGACUACAGUGUCAUACAGCCACCGGCGCGCAUUGAGGAGGCAACCCUGUAUUCGUCGCUUGGUCCAUCAUCCAAACCCCUGACGGAUCCACUCGGCGUGGGUGCUGGUGGCGUUGGCGCUGGUGCCACCGGCGGCACCCUGAUGAUGGGUAGUGGUGGCUAUGCGGACGUCGGAUUUUCGUUGCUUGAAAAAAAGGAGCGUGCUUCCGUUACGGCCGGCGGAGCCCUAGGAACGUCGGGGUCCUCUUCCUACCUAGCCGGUUCGACAGCCAAAUCCGCCGCAGGUUACGGCGCUGGUUCCGAGUCAGACAACGAUGGUGACGAUGGGCCUGGCGAGCGCGACCUGGUUGAUUUUGAACGGCUUACUUGUCUGCUGUGCAAACGUGCAUUCCAAUCGCAGGAGAUUCUCAUGAAGCAUCUCAAGAUGUCCUCUCUGCAUAAGGAAAACCUGCAGAAGCUAAACGCGAGGCAUCGUGGUGGUGGAGGAGCUAGUGGGGGCGGUGGCAGCAGUGACGGUGGGUCGGGUGGGCCGCUCAGCAGCCUGCAGUACCGGGACCGGGCGAAGGAGCGGCGCCAGAAGUACGGCGAAGAUGAGGCUCCACCGGUUAAUCGGAGCAAGGAACGAUUCCAGCGUGAAUUGGAAAAGCAAACGCAAUCGUCCUUCUCGCAGGGCACCUCGGCCACGGUUCCGAUCGGGCAGAACAACAUCGGCAACAAGCUGUUGCAGAAGAUGGGCUGGUCUGAAGGGCAAGGUCUUGGCCGCAGCAAUCAAGGACGAGUGAACAUCAUCGAGGCGGAGGCUCGUGUCGCAAACGUCGGUCUCGGAAUCAAAGCUAACGCGGCUGCCCAGUACGGUCGCACGACGGACGAUUAUAAGACGUACAUAAAGAAAAUGAUGAAAUCGCGCUACGAGCAGGUCGACGUUAAAGACUAAUAAGUCAUCCACACAAUCCACGUUCAUGCUUUCCUAAUUGCCUCAUUUUGGCAAUGUUUCGCCUGUUAAGUUGAAGUUUACAAAUAGAACAUUUGAUUUAAAUGUCUCUCGCUGCUUUUGUGUAUUCCGGUUUCAAAUCUCUUGCGUUGUAGCUAGUAGUUUUUAAAGCCGCAGCCCCGUAAGGCCCAUUGUAUAAAGAAUUUAGCUCAAUAAGUACGGCGCAAAUUUUUACGCUAACCGUUAUCAAAAUAGAAAACAUUCGUUUUUUUUUUACAAAAAAGCUCACUCAAGUGUUUGGUAAACCGAAAGUUGGAGAACCAGCUUUGACAAACAGUGAAAAUCACACCGUUUCAUAAGUUGCUGAGUAUUACAAUUAAAUAAAUAAGUUAAGUCAAUUUAAUAGAAAUCUAGAACCAUAAAAUGCCCUUUUUUCGACAUGUGUUGUGUUGUGAUCUUUAAGUCCGAAAGGAAAUACUAGCUGGUAUUAUUAGUACAUUUUCGGAUAGCGUGGAAUAUGUUCGUGCUUUCUUGCGUUACUUUCCAUAUUUUAGGAUGAGGACUAGGUAGGGGCUAAUGGGUUUAAAAAUGAC